UUUUCUUCUGCCUUGAGUGUUAAAUCUACUUUUUUCUGCAUAGGUGAAACCGUAUGGACCCAUUGAAUCUUAGUAGGGGUGCCCUGUACACCCGGAUGCAGCAGUACACUUUACAGACCCACAGCCUGCCGGACGAAGAGCCGACGCCGACCACGGGCAGCGAGAACCGACACCAGGUGAACGUCUCGAGUAGAAUAAACGGAAGUGCGAUGUACACGAGGACUCAGCGGUUCACUCUGCAGACACACAGCUUACCGGAUGCAGAACCGGUGCCGAGUACCAAUGGGGAGGGUCAACGGCAGGUAACUGUAGCAGGAGAACAAAACGUCGAUGCAGAAAAGAGAGGGAAGAGGCUGUCUGAGAAGACAACUGGUGAAACUCAAAGCAGUGAUUCUUCCACAGAUCCAAACUAUGGAAAGAGGCAAAAGAAGGCUGCCGACUCUCCUACUGCUGCAAAGCGUUUGACGAGGUCAGACGAAGAGAGUCCCGACGUGCUGUACCUCACAGCAGAUGCCACCGCCAGCUCUGAGGACACGAUCCCGUGGCCCGGGCGACGGGAACCGGAGCGAGCCGCUCCAGUAGCUGCCGACUCCACCGGCCAGAGCAGACCCGACGUGGAGUCGGCUAGAGUGGCCGCUCCCACGAGACACACGAGUGGCGCACUGCAGUACAGCGCCACCACUCACGCCAGGAGCUCCGCGCUCGGCCUGACACUGACCGACUGCCUCGACUCCUUCCGCGGUUUGGACCCCAACGCUGUGUACAAGGUCGAGUUCGUCGCACCGAUGCCGGCGCGGCUGACGUUUACCAGAGUGGAGGUGCCUGCACUGCCUCCGCCGCCCCUGCUCUUCCCGUACGGCAUCCCCGAGGAGCCCCUGCCGAGGUGCCGCCGCUCCCGUCAGCCCGAUGCCGCCGACCUGGCGCGCCCCGUGGCCUCGGCCAGAGAGACGCGGCCGGGCGACCGACGGCCCACAAGCGCCACCGGCGACCCGCCCCCGACCCCGACCCGGAGACCUCAGUGCGGGACAGACACGUGGCCCCACGGACCGAACCGGUGUGUACCUCUGCCUUCGGUGCUGCCACCCGCCGUGAAAUACGUCAGGGACGCGCAGACCAACACGGUCAGCUCAAAGGAAUGUCAGACAGAUUUUGAGGAAAGUGGUAAAUGCUGCCCAUUGAUUGAUGUGAAUCGCGUAUUACUACGUCACAAUACCCAACAGAAAAGAGGACAGACGACUGCAUUGGCAGUGGAUCACGUGCCAAAUAAAACGUGUGGACCUCCCAACUCUUCAACACCAAAUCCUGCCGGCAGCCCCAAGGUCUCGGCUCCUUUCAACGGCGCCCGUCUAUGCGGGCAGGUCCGUCCUCCCGGUCCCAGGUCUCCGAACGAGCUGCGCCCGCUGCCGGAUCUCCAGCAGACGCCAAGUAUACACCGUGCGGACAUCAGCAGAGAAGGAAAUUCCCCUGCAGCUAAUUCGAUGGCAGCUAAUUCGUUGCUGACUGCAUCGUAUAGCAUACUGAGCAGCCAGGAAACCACAUUUUCUUCAAAUUCGAGUACCCCGAGCCCGAGGGAACAGUCCUCGUGAACUCGAUUGCAGUGAUGCAGUAUGCUGAUGUAUUGGAAGUAAACUACUAACCUGAGACAACACAUAUUCAUUUUUUUAAGUUUAAUAUAAAAUAUAUGCCACAUCACACUAAGUUCUUCAUGUGGAAUUUUCUUUUUUAUGUGAUUUAAUGAUUUGUGCUCGGAGACAACUUUAACACUGUAGUAUGCCAGUGUGCAUCAAUGUAUAUGGGUGGGGGGGAAUGCUAACAUCAGCAUUAUCUCAGUAUUCAAACUGUGCAUCCAUACUGCUUCGCAGUUUGACCUUUCAUUGAGCUAUUAAAAUGUAAUGUUUCAUUUGAGAUGUUUUAGUGAUAUGUGUGUGUUGAAUCGCCUUUAAGAUUUUAGUGUAAAGACGUAUUUGAAACAAACUACUGAACUCAGUGUGCAGACAAGGCAUGUACGCAUUGUUCAAGUUUAGCAUAUUGUAUGUAUUACUUCAUUAAUUUAUUCACAUGCAGUUCCCCAUAUGACAUGUGGGCUGAGUCCGCAUUUAAGUUGUAGUAUGCAGGUGUGUGACCUUACUAACAUUCUUCAUGUGAAUUUUCCAGUGUAUAUUUUUUAGUGAAAUGUGACCUGAGGCAACUUAAAUAUUUUGAUUUUGACUGGUGUAUGUGUUUGAAACAAGCUGCUAUCCUGUGUUCAAACUAUACACCAACUGCUGUUGCAUGUAUUAUAUGUGCCACCUUACUAAGUUUUACGAUUAAGAUCUUUAUAGUAAUUUUGCACCACUCAUUGAUAGCAACAAACUGGAUGACGUCCAAGUGUUAAGAUUAUUGUGUAACGGAUUAUUUUUCCGAGGUUUAUUUGUAGCUUUUAAAGUAGGAACAUAGUAUUAUAAACAUGUAUCGUGUUAGUUUUUUUAUGACUUGAGUUAAUAGUAUUGUCAUCUUUAUUUGCAUGCAAAACCAUUUUUAAGUCCUUAGAUAACUCCAAAAAGCAGAUAAUACUUGCCAGACACUUCAUUCACAUAGCAUUUAUUUUUAGCUGUUUUAACUGGUUUUGUUUGCUUGUUUGUCAUGGGUGAUCUGCGAAUAGAUAGAUCGUGUUGGCUACAUAUUUCAUUGAUCGUUUAUACUUAUUGCUCGGACACUCAAAUUUCUCGAGUAGGAUUAUAUGUGCACCACCACUCGAGUGUAACUUUCAGCAUCGGACUGUAAAAAGAAACCAAUUGUAUGCAGAGGUCUCAGAUUAUAAUCAGGGUCUAAUCAGAAAAUAAUCAAGUACCUCUGUGAAUGGAAACAUUUGUGUCCCCUUUGUGGUGUGAAGCUAAUGUUCAGAAAUACUUAACAGUGAAUCAGUGCAAUGUAAUUCACAGAUCUGAGUAAAUUUGCAGUUCAUACUAUUUGCUUUUACACAUUUCGUUGGACAUCUCCACGGCUUCUUCUGCCCGCAAUGGAACAAUGAAUUAUUUUGGCCUCCAGUAACAUGGUGUGUCUUGUAAGUGUUACAUAACUGUAACUACUAGCUGUAGUAUAUGUGCCUUCUAAUGGAGAA